AUGGACUCUGCUUUAGGCAAUCUCUCCAUGCCAGGCCUGGCUCAGUCGCACGUCCAAGUGCGGACCUGCAUCCACUGUCGCCAACGCAGAGUCAAAUGCGACCGCCAAUUCCCCCAAUGUUCUAAUUGUAUCAGAUCUGAAGUCAAUUGCAUCUACCCGCCUGGUCGAGGGAGAGCACCCAAGAGGCCGAAACGCAGCCUUGCGCCCCAACUAUCAGAGCGUUUGUCGCGCCUUGAGAGCAUCAUUGGACAGUUCGGUGCGGCUGCCAGAGAGAACCAGGAUACCCCGCAGACUGCCCAAGACAGUGAGGGUCAUUCAUUCGAGCAGGACUUUAGUCGUCUCAAGGUCGAUGAGUCAAAGAGCUACUAUGUGAAUAAUGCAUUAUGGGUUGAGGAGCUGCGUGAUCUCCUCUUUGAGCCUGCUAGUGAAGAUGCUGGCUACGAGCCUUCCAUCUCUUCAUCUGCCACCACUGCAGCUACUUCACCAUCAUCUCCCCAACUAGGACUCAACGCCGCCAUUUUUGGCUAUCGCGCCAUUGCUUCACCUCUCUAUCAUUACCAUCCCUCACUGCAACAGGCAGUCACGCUUUUUGCCGCAUUCAGUGAGAAUGUCGCGCCGCUGGUCCGCAUAUUUCACAUGCCGACCUUGACAAGAAUCUACUGGGAUGCCAUCGCAUCUCUUGGCACAGUGGAUAAGCAUACCGAGACCCUGUUGUUCACUAUCCAUUACUCAGCGGUCAUCAGUCUCAACCCAGAGCAAUGUCUGAAUAUUCUUGAUGAAACUCGUGAAGCUGCCCUGGAAAGAUAUCGGUUUGCAGUUGAACAAGCCCUCGCUCAAGGCAACCUCCUCAGCACUCAGAGUAUGACCAUGUUGCAAGCCGCAGUGCUUUUCUUGUCUGCUCUGCCGAAUGAAGAUGACUCGCGUGCUGCAUGGGCACUCACAUCGCUGGUCUUCCAUAUUGCCAGAACCAUGGGUCUCCAUCGCGAUGGCACCAUAUUCGGACUAAAGCCCUUCGAGACUGAGCUGCGCCGCCGUUUAUGGUGGCAGAUCUGCAUUAUCGAUAGCCGCUCAUCAGAGUAUCACUGCAAUGAACCUAUUGCGCAAGGGUUUAUUACAGAUACCAAACCUCCACUGCACAUCAAUGAUGUUGAUUUGUCACCCGAGAUGGUGGAGCCUCCAGCUGAACGAUGGGACCAUGCGACUGAUAUGACGCUCACGUUGGUCAGGUGUGAGGCUAUACAGACAGGUCUGAAGCUGGGUCGCAUGAGGCACAAGCAGAACAAAACAUCAGAGGAUGGAAGUACCCCAAGGGUAGAUGACACCUCAGAUACUCCCAAAACUCUGAUCCAAGAAUUAGAAAGUCGGUUGCGGGACAAGUAUCUACCCAUUUGUGAUACUUCAGUACCAUUUCAGCUUCUUUCCUCGGCAGUUGCACAAAUCAUCCUUGGUCGAUUCUGGCUUAUAACCCAGUACUCAGUAGUGUCACGAGAAAGGGAAGUUGAUGGUAAGAGCACGAGCAACCAAUUCCCUCCUACUCCCAACACCGCAGGCCAGCUGGACAACAAAGUGCGCGACGAGCUCUUCCAAACUUCAAUCAAAAUACUGGAGGUAUCUGGCAUGCUUCUCACAAGCAAGGAGAUCAUACAAUUCACAUGGUACUCCAAGACUCAUAUCCAAUGGGGCGCCAUGGCAUUUGUCCUCUCUGAGCUGUGCGCUCGACCUCAAUCAGCACAAUGUGAUCAGGCAUGGGACUGCGUAACGACAGUAUACGAGGGAUGGAAGGUCGAUGAGAGCAAACAAGAUGAGACUCGCCUUGCUUUAUGGAGACCUAUAAAGAGGCUCAUGGCUAAAGCUCGCUAUGUCAAAGAGAUGCAACAGACGACUCCUGGGCGGUCGUCAAAUGCUGGCCGUAAAGUUCAGAGAAGAGAUCCUGUCUUGUACUCUCCUUCACCAGGGCUUUUCUCGCAGUAUCCAACACCAGCGUACUCUAAUAACUGGUACGGGCCGUUGCAGCAGACGCCGCCUUCUAUACCAGGGUCAGAAGCAUCGUUGCCUGGUAUGGCAACAGUGCCACUUGAUAGCAGUGGUCAGUCAGAUGCUCUACAGAGAGUACUUGGGACGGAGACUUUGGGUCCUUUCAUGGAUAUGAUUCCGGAGUGGCCGUGGGUAGAUGCUGAGCAUGGGGCAUCAUCUCUGGCGGGGUUUGAUCUUGGGCUACCGAGAUUCAAUUGA